AUGACGCUCGCGUUCUCGACCGCGCUGUGUCCCGCGCGCGUGCGAGCGCGCCCGAAGAUUCGUCGAUCUAGCCGAAACGCUUCGAGAGGCGAAAAAAAGCAAACCGCGACGACGAGGUGUCAGCAAUUCGCGUUCGACGCCGCGCGCACGCAACAGAACAAGACCCUGAGCGACCUCUUCGACGGCGCGACGAUUCCGUUCUCGUACUUCACGACGCAGACGCUCUUCCCCGCGCCGGAGCCCGCGAGGCCGCCGCCGGCGAGGGCGACGAAGAAGGCGUCGUCGUCGUCGUCGUCGUCGCGCGCGAGAAAAAAAUGCGUCGUGUUCGGCGAAGACGGAGACGUCGAGUGCGAACUCUUCGAAGACUCCCUCCUCGUCGUCUCUCACAAGACGGCGUCGUCGUCGCCGCGCGCGACGACGACGACGACGACGACGAAGAAGAAGAAGAAGAAGAAGAAGAAGAAGAAUGGAUGCGUCGUGUUCGGCGAAGACGGAGACGUCGAGUGCGAACUCUUCGACGAUUCUCUCUUCGUCUCCUCCGUCGUCCCCGCGCCGUCCCCGCGCCGUCACAACGGGCGGUACCACGCGCGCUUCGCGCCCACGCGCGUGGACACCGCGCCCGCCGCCGACGCCGACGCCUUCGCCUUCGCCGCGAGCGCGAAGAUGCCUGCGUCUCCGCGAUGGGACCCGGUGGCGUCCGCGCCCCGCGCGCGCGAGACCAUCGCGCCGAUACCGACGUCGUCGAGAUCGCGGUCCUCGACGGUCCGCGACGCGUUCACGUUCGGCACGGAAGUCAAGCGCCGCGGCCGCGCGCGCGUCGUCGGCGGCGACGGCGGCGGCGACAAGUCGCCGCUCAUCACGCGCUACGUCGUCACGGACUCGAGCAAGAAUAAUGUCGUCACCUCCGAAGCGUUCGCGACCGUCGGCGUGACGAAUCGACGGUCGACGAUGACGACGACUCGCGACUCGCGACUCGUCGGCGUCGUCAACGAGCUCGUGAACCGGAACCUCCUCGACGCCUCGGAGCAGUGCGUCGUGACGUGGACGGAGCACCCGUUCUGGACGUCCGGCGAUAAGCAACAGUGCGAACGCGACGUCGACGCGAUCAUGGAGACCAUCGCGGAGCACGCGGUGUACACCGAAGCGUGCGACGUCAUCGACGAGCUCAUCGAGGUCGCCGGCGGCGACGCCGCGAGCGCGGUGACGACGUGGUGCGAGGCGCACCCGAGCGCGCGGAACGCGGCGGCGUUGAGGGCGUUCGCGGAGCAGGCGCGGUACGGCUCGUACGGCGCCGCGGGCUCGCGCUGAGCACCGGGACGACGUGCUGUGUAUAAACGAUGUACAAAACGAACGAACGAACGAACGAACGAACGAAGCGUCGCGCUUCGCGACACGCUUGGAAGUCAAAGAAAAAGAAUCUGUUUUCGUAUUUUACCUCUGCUGUAAUUUCUGUAUCCGCGCGCGAAGGAAGUUCUUUUGGAAGCUGCUGUUGUUGUAUCAUAUCUACGUGUGACUACUGUAUGUAACGCAUAAUACUACUGUA